GCCUGGCUCCGCUGGGGCAGGGGCGCGCAGGCGCCAGGCCCGCGGGCGCCGCGCGCGAUGUUCGUGGCGCGCAGCAUCGCGGCCGAUCACCGCGACCUCAUCCACGAUGUCUCCUUCGACUUCCACGGCCGGCGCAUGGCCACCUGCUCCAGCGACCAGAGCGUCAAGGUAUGGGACAAAAGCGAAAAUGGUGAUUGGCACUGCACUGCCAGCUGGAAGACACAUAGUGGAUCUGUGUGGCGAGUGACGUGGGCCCAUCCUGAGUUUGGCCAGGUCCUGGCUUCCUGCUCUUUUGAUAGAACAGCGGCUGUGUGGGAAGAAAUAGUGGGAGAGUCAAAUGAUAAACUCCGAGGCCAGAGUCACUGGGUGAAGAGGACUACUCUAGUAGACAGUAGGACAUCGGUUACAGAUGUAAAGUUUGCUCCCAAGCAUAUGGGUCUUAUGUUAGCAACAUGUUCAGCAGAUGGAGUUGUAAGGAUUUAUGAAGCUCCAGAUGUGAUGAACCUCAGUCAGUGGUCACUGCAGCAUGAAAUCUCAUGUAAGCUCAGCUGCAGUUGUAUUUCUUGGAAUCCUUCAAGCUCUCGAGCACAUUCUCCAAUGAUAGCCGUAGGAAGUGAUGACAACAGUCCAAAUAUAUUGGCUAAGGUUCAGAUUUAUGAGUAUAAUGAAAAUACCAGGAAAUAUGCGAAAGCAGAAGCUCUGAUGACAGUCACAGAUCCUGUACACGAUAUCGCAUUUGCUCCAAAUCUGGGACGAUCCUUCCACAUCUUAGCUGUAGCAACCAAAGACGUACGAAUUUUCACACUAAAACCUCUAAGGAAAGAAUUGACUUCAUCUGGGGGAUUAACAAAAUUUGAGAUUCACAUUGUGGCACAGUUUGAUAACCACAACUCCCAGGUGUGGCGAGUGAGCUGGAAUAUCACAGGCACUGUGCUUGCCUCCUCCGGUGACGAUGGCUGCGUUAGGCUCUGGAAAGCUAAUUACAUGGACAACUGGAAGUGCACUGGUAUACUGAAAGGUAAUGGGAGCCCAGUGAAUGGUAAUGCUCAGCAGGGAAUCUUUAAUGCCUCUCUAGGUACAGCCAAUACAGGUCUACAGAAUUCACUAAAUGGAUCAUCUGCCAGCAGAAAGCAGAGCUGAUACCAAGCUAACUGGAGUAACUUUGGUGUUUUGCUGCUUGUUGCAUGCACACAGGAAUGGAAAACGAACUCCUUUUUCCCUUCCCCAACGCCGUUUGACCUCUCCCAAGACACCAGCAGCCUGCUAACUACUAAAUGCUGUUCAAAAAGCCUUUUUAAAACACAUUGUGUACCUUUUUUUUUGUACUAGCCUGCACAGUUUGAUACUGUUGGAACUCCUGAUUGAAAAAUACUUGGAGAGGCUUCUUGUUUGGAAAAAAAAACAAUCACAAACAAACCCAACCCCAAAAACUUUCACUCAAACACUUUUUUUGAAGGCUUGUUGAAUUAAAAGACUAGUUCAUGACUAAAACUGAGAUUUUUUUUUUUGUCCUUGAUUGGGAUGGGAGGAGGGAAGUGACCAUUGAAAUAACUUCAAUGCCAGUUGUUUUGAUAAUGAGUUUGGCAUUUGAUAGCGUUCAGCAUUUGGUUGAGGUGCCUGAACAUCACCAGUUUGUAACUGCUUUGUAAUAUAUGAAACUACCAGUUUGGGAGGGAUAUGAAAAGUGUUUUGACAACUGUACAGGUGGUAGCUUUUAGUAGUUGGGUCUUGCUUCGUUUAUACCUUAGUAUGACUUCAAAUAAACAUUUUGUAAGUACUGCCAUACUUUUGUCACCCUGAGAGAAGUACUUUUUUCUAAUACGUGCUCAUACAUCCCUGUGGCAAUUAAUUCCAUGGAGUAACUAAAAUUCUCUAAGAGUAGUAGUCUAAAAUCCACAAACCCUUUAGCUGCACAGAGACUGCAACCACAAUGCAGCUUGUGAAUUGUCCAGCGGUUUUCCUUACUCAUACAGCUGUUCCUUUGUAUAAGUUCACUGAGCUGUAUAAAGAAGGCAGAGACCAUCUGUAGGUAUCUAGCAGACUAAAAUGCACAAGCCUUAGGGGUAAGCUCUAAUAAAGUCGGCAGACAAAUGAUGUGAAA